UUCCUAACGCGAAUACAUAAAAUUGUUAGUGCUCUCGUUUUUCCAAAAUUAAACGUAUAAAAGGUCUAGAAUAUACUUAUUUUGGUUUACACAGACAGAAUCCCAGCUAAAUUCUUAAUUUGUUUAAAUUGAUUGGGCCGUACUCACCACUAAUCUUUAGUAAUGGCCAGCUCCAAUGUCUCGGACUGGGAUGAACCGCUGCCCACGUCGACGGAUUCGCUACCUGAGGAGGAGGAUCCAGAUGUGUGCGCCGAGGAGAAUGUGAAAAAGCGCCAGGAGGAGAACCUGGCCAAGCUGCAGUCCUAUGUGCGUCGCAUGGCCUACCAGCCAGCCAUGCCGCCCAAGGUUAAGCCCUAUGAUGUGGCUUUAUCCAAGCCCAAACUGCACACUCUCAUCGACAACUAUGAGCAGUUUAAGGAUGUCUACGAUCCAAAAAUGCGAGCCAAGCGUAUCAAGCGGAUGCUGGGAAAGUACAAUGCCAUUACUACUGAGCAGCUGGAGGAGAUCCUCAAGAGCAACAAGACCAAGGAGCGAAAGAAGGAGGACUUCCUGAAGCGCAAGCAGGAACUGUACUAUAAUAUGCUGACCAAGCUGGAACGUCAGUGCCGCACACAGUAUCUGAACGUGCUCAUCAAGAAGUUUGCCAAGUUCAUCGCCCACCUGGCCACUACAAUGCGCAUUCCACCGCAACUGGUCGAUCCUUAUGCACGCAUGCAGCGCGGCAUCUUUUGCAACAUCUUGUUGGCUAUCGGAGUGCAACCCACUUCCCAGUCGGCCAUCUAUUAUACCAGCCAAGACGCCAUCGAGUACGAUGUGUGUCAUCGGCUGGCACACGCUCUUCUCAGCCUUAUCAUUAAGGCCCUGGACUCGGCUGCCACACGGGAUCCAAAUGACUUAGCCAAACCAGCGGAUAUGGACUUUGAGAUGGACAACCAUAUUAAACGGCGGCUAAUGUGCGCCGCCGAGAAGAAGCUGAUGUACGAGCGCCGCCGGAAGAAGCCCCAGCCUCAGGGCAUUGGAGCCUUUGAAAAGUGCACCCGCUACGAUUGCGACUAGAAUUCGUGAACGACGGCUGUUCCAGUAUAUUUGUUAACCUUUGGCUAUUAUUUUUUCUCACUAAAUGUUUUCACACAGUCAA